AUGGAGGCCAUUUUGGACCGGGAGUUUUACCACUGCUCCAGAGACUGUGAUGUCGACUUUUGCCGAAACUGCCAUGCUGAACUUCAGGAAGUAUUAGACAAACACUUUACUGCGCGGAGCUCGACCAUGCCAACCGCACAUUUGGUUGAACGCAUGCUUUGGACUAUGCACGUGACCGACGAGCUUGCCUGGCAGAUUGUGCACCGAACGCAGCACGAACGCAUGACACUGGCAAGUGCGCUUGCAGAGGAGUUGCCGUUGGGGAUGUUCUCAGACCUCGUCACGGCCGUUGUGGACGUGUGCAACGCAAAGGUUCUGUACAACGCCUCAAACGGAGCCGUAACGUCAUCCGUGAGCCGUUCGUACAUGCAACAAGAGCGCUAUGAGCAGCAGUCUUGCCCUUUAUACGAAGAUGAUUGCUUCUGGAAGACUGUCGGCCUUUUGCAAUUCCUCUAUGCCAGCAACACGCUUCGAAAAGAGUUGCCGGAUUGCGUACAGUGCGAGGGCGAACAACGCCCUUCAGUCAGUGCCUUAAGCUUCGUGCCAGAGGCGAUCAACCAGUGUCGCCCGGAAGUGGAGUGGGAGCAUUGGAGCAGGAGACGCGAAACAGGCGCUCUACCGAACAUCCUUGCAUCACAGAACUUCACAACAGAAUCGCAAGAAUUUCGGUGCCUCGCCGCUCAUGCCAAUAUUCUGCCCAUCAACUUUCGGAGGAGUUGCGUAGUUCAAGAUGUGCGUCAGUGCUGCUGCGAUGCCGUUGGACACGCGUGGCAAGAGCUGCUUGCCAGGCGGGUCAUCGUUGGGCGAGAGCCCGAGAUUCUUGUUGCCGACCUGGAGGCCUUCCUUUGUGAAGAGACUGGAGAGGCAAAGGGGAAAGCCCAAGAGCGAGCUGACAUGGACGCGUUGCAGAUGAUGCCUCGAGAGCCUGAAGGAAGCGGCCGCCUACAGCAGCAGAGCAAUACAGAAACAAAUGAAGCUGAGGGACGUGAAACUGCAACGAGAGCGACCUCCGCACAACUGCUGCGCUUGCCUUUCCAUGUGGCCUUCCGUGGAGAAGACGGGCAAGGGCCGGGAGUCAGGAAGGAGUUCUUUCAUGUUGCAACGCGGGCAUUUCUCACGCUUCUGUUUGAAGAAGUGUGCAGCCGCCAGUACUGGUUCAAGAUGGUCGACAGACCAGGUGCCUUCUUUGUCAUCGGUCUGCGCCAGGUCUUGGACUACCAGGGACCUGACAUCCUGGAACAUUUCGGCGAGCUCGGCUGGGAGCGUACAGGAAGGCUGCAUGGGCAGCAAUUGACGCAGGCCUCCAAAACAGACUUCGUGGAUGCAUAUAUUGAGUGGCACCUUAGCGACCGCGUCGAAGCACAAUUCAAGCCCUUCAGCCGUGGAUUCAAGCUGGUGAUUGGCGAUUCAGACAUGCUUCGAAUGCUGGAUGCAGAGCAGCUUGAGUGGAUUGUCUCCGGUGCUCAGCGUCCUGUCGACAUGGCUGCUGUGCGAAGCCGUGCUGACCAUGAGGGGUGGAGCCUUGAGGAGCAGGCUUCGUACUUGGAGCCAUUCUGGGACUUCAUAGAGGGCCUCUCAGAGGACGAGAAGAAACGAUUCCUGAUCUUUGUCACAGCAUCGGAUCGGAUGCCGAUGCGAGGCUGGUCAAGCCUGCGCAUCCUGGUCCAGAAAAAUGGCUCUGGAGACGACAGGCUUCCGACAGCGUACACAUGCUUCUCUCUGCUGCUGCUUCCCCUCUACAGCAGCGUGGAGGUGCUGAAAAAGAACAUGCUUCUGGGCAUGACAAACUCCGAGGGAUUUGGUUUAAAGUGA